UUGAGCUUCAUUUCAUGAAUUUUAAACCGCGAACAACAAGACUGUGAACAUGAUAUUCAUUUUGGUUUGUUUGAUAGCCAAUGCAAUUAUUUGCAAUGGACUACCUCAGGAUUAUUGUAAUCGCGAUAUUGAUGCUGAUGAAAUGGUAGAUUGUGAUGAAGCAGGAGAUGUAUUUCAAAAUCCUUGGUCGUACAGAAUGAGAACUGCUCAGGGAUAUGCUCCAUAUUCUCAAUUAUCAAUGUUAAAAAAUAAUAAUGAUGAAGGAUUUUAUGAGAAUCAGAGAAUGUUAAUGAAUAAAGCAAAUAAUCAGUUUCGACAACAAAGCUCCAGCUACAUGCCAGAGCCAAGAAAUUUGUAUCAAAAUUUUGUACCCUCAAGAGAUUCACUAAUGGGAUUAAAUUAUCAACAAAAUUUAGCUCCUGAAUAUAUAAGAUUUGCGAAACCCCAAAUGCAGCCAUUUAAUAAUCCAGCUCGUCAUUAUUAUGACUCAUUAACAGCAUACGAUGAGCCUUCGUAUUAUCACCCAAUACUAGAUUAUUACGGUGGUUACAGUCCUGAUGAAUAUGAGGCAGAAUCUAAUGACGAUUGUCCAAGUGGAAAAUGCCCUCAAACACCUUCAGAAGAUGUUAAAGAGACAAGUGGAAAAAAAUUGAAAAAAAAUCAUGACAAACGUCAUAAUUCACGAAAAGAAAAAAUUCCAAAAAUUACCAACAUGGGUAGUAUGAUUCAUGCUGAUGAAGUUGAUGAAGAACCUACUGAUAAAGAUUCAUGGGGCAUUGAUCGACGAGAGAAACAAAAAAUGAAAGAACAAGUAACAGCGGAUGACAAGCUUAAAGGCAAACGAUCUGUUGAAAAGGAGAAUAUUAAAAUUUUCAAAGUGAAACAAGAUGAUUUGGAAAGAAUAAAAAAAGAUGUGAAACAAAUCGAUGGUACGACGAAUUUAGGAGAAAAUAAUCCAUUAGGAAAACAAACAUUUAUACAUCAAAUAAUGCAUAUACCGAAAAAAUUUUUUAAAUAAAUCCAAUUUUUCUAUUCUGUUAAGUCUUUAAAUUUAAAAAAAAGUUUUUUGCAUAUUGUUAAUAAUUAUUAAAAGUCAUCUAUGUAUUAUAAAUUCACAUAUGUUAAGCAAGACUUAAGUAAUAUUUACAAAUUGCAUCAUCAUUUGUGAAUCGAUGUUGUAAGUGUAUAUAUGAUGAAAGAUAAUUUAUUUCAAAAUUGAUAUAUUUCUGUACUUGUGCUGAAUUAGGGAAAUAAUUUUUUUUAUGUAACUCGAUUUCAUAUUGACAUAUGCAGAAAAGUAUUUUUUUAAAAAAUAUAUUGCAAACCAUGCAUCAAACUUGUAUAAUAUUUUCAUUGAUGGACAAAUAAAUGAUUCAUUUGGUCUCAUUUU